UGUCGAUCGCACGAUAUCACUUGCUGGACAAUAUGAAAGGGGUAAAUAUGUAUACGAUGCUCAGCUCGGCACUGCUACUCUCACAUGGUAUAAUUGCAGCGCCAACUACCACUACCACAGGGUUAAUUGCUCGGCAACCGCGUCAGACUGGCCUAAAUCUUGGUUCAAAAGUGACCUCCAUAGAGCUUGACAACAUCGAGAUCACACGAACACAACCCUUCACUGGGUUGCACGUAUGGGAUACGUCCGGCGGUACUGGCUAUGACUUCCGCGUAGCAUUCUGUGAGGUAGACUCGGAGUCCAUCGUGAACGACGCGGGCAACUAUGAUUGGUCAUGGAUGGACAAGAAAAUCGAGGCUAUUGCAGAUCUUGGGCGCCACGCCAUCAUUAGGAUACGAUGGAAUGCACCCUCUGGUGUACAUCUACCAUCCAAGUAUCCACGCGUUUUCCAUGAUUACAAGGGUGAAACGGUCGCUUCACCCGACUGGCAAAACACGGAAUUGCGUACGUUUGUGAAAGAGUUUGUGACCAAAUUUGCUGCACGAUACGACACUGAUCUGCGCGUUUUGUAUGUGCAAGUGGGGUUCGGACACUACGGUGAAUUCCACAUGGCUGGUUGCGAUUUCCAAGGCGACGAACAGAGUAGGGCAUUCCCACCGAAAGACUUUGCGCUAGAAUAUCUCGAUCAUGCACAAGCAGUGUUCAAGAAUACUCCUUUGGGGGUAUCAAUAGAUUCAGGAAAUGCUGAUGCACCCGAUUACGGAUAUCUGGCUCACGAGAAUCGUAAGGACUUUGGAUUAUUUGACGACACAUUCAUGUCCAAUAUAGAUACUCCAGCAAUGAAUGCAAAGGCUUGGGAGCAGUUGAAUUACGAAGAUAAUGCGCGCCAAAAUGUUAUGGGAGGUGCUUUCGGCUACGACGAACCAUCCAUUGAAGCUAGAUACUUGGAUGUUUCCCGUACGGAUCCCGACUCUGGAGAGCCCUAUAACUUUGACACGGCCGCUCGCAGGUAUUGGAUCACCUACAUGAGUGUAUCAGGUGUGUGGGAUAACCUCAAUCAAGACGAUAUAAAUCGCGACAGCGCUAUGCUGGGCUACAAAUUUUAUGUCACGGCAUACGGACUAGGAGGAGGAUACACUCAGGUCAUAGUACAGAAUACAGGUACUGCGCCUAUCUACUUCUCUACCCCCCUCAAAGUUAGUCAUGGUUCCGAAUUUGUGACUGUUGGUGAUCUGCAAGGAAUAUACCCGGGAGAAGAGAAGCUGUACACACAUGAGGGCGAAUUAGAUAAGGCAGCUACUUUCGAGGCGGGCUGUGAAAAGUGUUUCGCAGAUCAUCCCAUCGAUAUCGGUAUUAUGAUGUAAGUCGAUCAAAGCGUAAUCACGGCCUUCUCAAAUAGGACGUGCUUCUCGAUGCUACAUGCCGAAACACCCUAUGUACAAGCGCUCAAGGCGCUAUUAAUUUGUCUUCUAACUAUAACCUCG